AUGCCAAUAGUAGAGAAUUUUAAAAAAUUAUUUAAUAAUAAUAAUACAAAUAAUACUAAACCAACUACUGCAAUAACAAAAGCUAAUAUUACAUCACAUUCAAAUUUAAACAUAACAAGAAAUUCAUCACAUCAUCAUUCUUCACCUGAUUUUUUUGAUUUAAAUCAAUCAAGUAGUAUUGAAGAAAGUAUAAUAUCUUCAAUUAUUUCCAAUGAUAAUAAUAAUAACAACAUUAAAAGUAAAAGUAAUAAUAUGAUAGAACAUAAUACAAUUUCAAAUCCAACUGAAUCUUCAAAUUCAACUUCCAAUAAUUCAACAACAACAACAAACCAUUUCAUUCCAAAAAAUACAUCUAAUGCAUCUUUUACAUUUGAUUCAUCAUUAAAUGAAUUAUAUCCAGAUUUACCAAAUCAAUAUAAAUUAAUAAAUAUAUUAGGAGAAGGAGCUUUUUCAAUAGUAUAUAAAGCAAUUGAUUUAAAUUCAAAUAAAAUAGUUGCAAUAAAAAUUAUAAGUAAGUCACAUUUAACUUUAAAACAAUUUCAAAAUAUUAAAAAUGAAAUUAAAAUUAUGAAAAAAAUUCAUCAUCCAAAUAUUUUAAAUUUAGAAAAUUCUUUUGAUACUCAAGAUAAUUGUUUUUUAAUAUUAGAGUAUUGUAAUGGUGGAGAAAUUUUUAAUAAAAUUAUUGAAUAUACUUAUUUUUCAGAAAUUUUAUCAAAACAUAUUUUUAAACAAUUAUUAUCAGCAAUUGAUAAUUUACAUAGAUUAAAUAUUGUUCAUCGUGAUAUAAAACCUGAAAAUUUAUUAUUUAAAAAAAUUCCAUUUUUUCCUAGAUCUUCAACACAGGAUUUUAAAUCAAAUUUAAGAAAAUCUGAUGAUGAUAAUAAACAAGAUGAAGGAGAAUUUAAAACUCAUAUUGGUGGAGGUACAAUUGGUACUAUUAAAUUAGCUGAUUUUGGUUUAGCUAAACAAUUAAUUGAUGAUGAUCAAUUUAAAGUUGCUUUAAAAACUCCUUGUGGUACUGCUGGUUAUACUGCUCCUGAAGUUAUAACAUGUAAUUCAAACACCACUAAUUCAAAACAUUUUACAAAUAAUAAUAAAAAAAAUCAAUAUUCAAAAGCUGUUGAUAUUUGGUCAUUAGGUUGUUUUUUAUAUACUAUAUUAUGUGGUUUCCCACCAUUUUAUGAUGAUGAUUCAAAUGAUGUAACUAUGAAAAUUAUAAAGGGAGAUUUUGUAUUUUUAGAACCAUGGUGGGAUGAAAUAAGUAUUGAAGCCAAAGAUUUAAUAACAAAAAUGUUAAAUAUAAAUCCUGAAAAAAGAAUUACAAUUGAAGAAAUUUGGAAUCAUUCAUGGUUAAAAAAUGAACAAGAAAUUGAAUCAAGUGAUUAUUUUCAACAAAGUUAUGAAGUUGAUCAUAUUGAAGAUAUUGAAGAUAAUAAUAGUAAUAACAAAAGUGAAUUAACUAUACCAAUGUCAAAUCAACCUAUUCUUUCACCAAGAGCUCGUGCUAUUAAAACUGUAUUUGAUAAUCCUGCAAUGUUAGGAGGUGAAAAUUUUAAAGAAGCUUCAUCACAAUUCAUUGAACAAAUUGAAGAAGAUGAAGAAGAAGAAGAUGCUGAAGGUUCAAAAGAAGUAGAUUCAGAUUCAGAUGAAGAUUCAGAUGAUGGAAUAAAUGUUGGAGGAGAUCAUUCAACUUUUAUUCGUACACCAUUCCCCAAAGAAUUUAAUUUACAAAAUAUUUUUAAUAAUAAAGAAUUAAAACCAAUAAAUUCAUCAUCAAAUAAUUUUGAAGAAGAUGAUAUUUAUGAUGAUGAAGUUAGUGAAUUAGAUGAUGAAAUUGCAAGUUUACAAUUAACUCCAAAAUUAAUAACAAGAUCAAGAAAUAAUAGUUUAGCAAAUUCAAUUAUAAAUUCAAAUUCUUCAAAUACAUCCAAAAAUAUUAUAAGUCAACAUCCACCACAAAACACUCAUCAAUUUCCAUCAACUAAAUUAAUUCAAGAUGAAAUAGAUGAAGAAGAAUAUUCAACAACAAAUUCAAAUUCAGAUAAUGAAAUUUUAGAAUAUCAAACAAGAUCUUCAUCAAUAAUUUCUGGAAUAAAUGGUGAUUAUAAAUUUACAAUGAAUUUAAAUGAUUCAAAUUUAUUAUCAAGAAGAAAAUCUUCUAUAAAAAGAUCAAGAAGUUGUUCAAAUAGUAAUGCUACAACAACAACAGCAACAGCAACAGUCAACAAUACUACCACAAUACCUGUUUCUUCAACUGGUUCAAGUUCAGGUCAAAUUCAUACAGUCAAUGAAAUAGAAGGUCAAUAA